UAUUGGUGGCGAAGCACCACGACGCAACUCUUUCUAACUUUUUUUUUUCUCGGAGCUGAGCCUGAGAGAGUAGUUCAUCUUCUCUACGGAUCCAACGAUGAAUCGUCUCGUUUCUUUCUUCUCCAUCGCUCUCAUCGCUUUCCUCUGCCUGCAUCUUCGUGUUCACGCUUCUUCUUCCGACUUCGAAGGUUUCGAUGCUGAAGACGACGAUGUCUUGGAAGAUUCCACUGACCUUCACCACUCGCUCCGUCCUCCUCUCGUGACUCAGUCUGAGUCAACGGUUCUGGAUCUGGAACCAUCUUCCGAAUCUGAUUCUGCUCCUGUAUCUAAAUCGGAUCCUCCCACUCAGACCGUGAAGCCUUCGUCCAUUUCCUUUGAUUACUGGGAUGAAGAUGAGUUCGAGGGACUGCCUGAGGAGGAGAAAUCCACUGAAUCUCCGGUUGUUUCCGAUAACGCUACUCCUUCCGAUUCACAGACCCCAGAUCUUGAGUCUGCUUCAGAAACUGCGGAUACUGACGUUUCGAAGAAGAAGCAAUCUUACACGGUGGAGAUUAUUUGCGUCUCUAUCUUGAUUGGUUACGCGAUCAAUUACUUCACUGGAAAACGUGAGAAUGAAAAUCUUGCUUUGGCUUGGGCUUCGAAAUUUGGUCUCAAAGAUACCAUUUUUGAGAAAAACUUCAGUUUGCUUGGAGUUGGGGAAGGAGAGGACUCGCCGUUGUUGCUUAAAGAAGCGACGAAUGUGUUUAAGUUCUACGCGAGUGGGCGUAGGUAUUGCCAUGGGCUAUUGGCGACCAUGGAGCUUAAGAGCAGACACGAUCUCAUCUCGAGGCUAUUCAACUUGGUUGUGCCUUGUAAAGAUGAGAUCAGUUUCGAGGUGUAUAUGAAUGAUGAAGCUAUGGAUCACAUUGUGUUUGCCAUGGCCAGGAAGAAGGCGGCCAAAACGAUGCACAAGGAGCUGAGGGAUCUGCAGAGAUUCGGGGGCAUGGUUCCCGUUCCCGGAGGAAGAAAGUGGGUAUCGGAUGAGUUAGCUGUGGUCUCUGAGUCUAAAGAGGUAGCUGGGGAUAUGCUCACAGAUAUUGUACUUGAACAGGUUUUUGGUGACAAGUCUUUCGAAAGGCUUGGAAAGUAUUUUAUCUCAAUGCAUUUUUCGGACCAACAUCCUGGCAAACACAGGAAGAUGCUGCUUUUCAAGUUUGCGCUGCCUGAUGCCAAAAACAUGGAGGAUAUGGUUCGGUUGAUAGCGCUAAUUCCGUAUUACAUUGACUUAGUUGGACGCUACAAGCUCAGCUCACAGGCAAAGAACAAAACUGAUGGUGCUAGACAAAAGGCGGCUCAGGAAGCGUACAAGGAACUUCAGAAUGUGAGACAGGAGGCAUUGCUGAGAAAGAAAGCCGAAAAGAAGAAAAUAUUGGAGGAGGCAGAGGCAAAGCUUAGCGCAGAGGCUCUAAGGAAGAAAGAAGCAAAGGAACGUGCACGCCAGAUGAAAAAGUCAAUGCCGAAAGUUAAGAUGAGUCGGGGUCACUAGACUCAGGCAUAGGGACAUCUCUCUCAUCUCAUGCUCGCCAUUGGAAUAGCUAUCUCUUCCUCCACUCCCCUUUUAGUCCUUUCGAUUAGAUAUUUUUCUUACCUUGAAGAAUCUCUACUUGCAGUUAAUUUUUACUUCACUACGGUUAUCCUUAUAGUGGCACUGAGGCAGUGUUUCCGAUAAUCCUCCAGAACCUCUUUGAAUCAUAAUUUGAGUUUUGAA